CUCAAAAACCGUGGAGGCAGACCGUGGAGAAAAAUGUGGCUCAAAAAAUGAAAAUCAUCCAACCGCCAAAGGAAAUAUUUUUACCAUUUUCGGAGGCAGCAUUUUUGCCACCUCGAAUCAGCUUGUUUCUUCUAAUACCGUACUAGUACUAGUACUUGUUGUCUCCCAUGCUGCUUUACUAACUAUCAAGCCACUAUACAGUACUAUUAAAGUACUACAAUAAUGCUGUCGAACUACUUGUGGGGCAGCACGGGUGUCGGUGCUUCUUCGUAUUGGGGAGGGAUCGGAGACGAUUAUGGAGACAAUCGAAGACGCAAGAACUUGAGUGCGUUGAUUCGUGACGAAGAAGAAAAGGACCUGGAAGGGACGGUCCAAGAUUUGGAUGAGCUAGCCGAUCGACUAUUGACGCAGUUUCCCGCCUAUGGGACCAACAAUACACAAGAUGACGACGAAGAUUGGCUCAAUGAUGAUGAUGAUGACACGAACGACGACGAGGAAGAAGAAGACGAGGAAUCCAAGUUGGAUCCACAAAACAACCAUAAUGGCCAUCAAUCCAUCAUUCCAGCUUCCUUGACGGCUGAAUCCAGUAGUCGGUUGCACCAUGCGUUUCCAGGUAUGCUCUUGUCCAUGGAAAAGAGUCAUAAGAAUAAGCACUCCUCCAUCGUACAGCUAUCUACCAACAGCAACAACAACAAGAACAAUCCCAACAGCACCGUCACCCACACACACCGUGAUUGGGAUUAUGAUGAACAAACCUUGUGGAAAGCGGUGGAGGGCGAAGAAAAGUCCAAUCACGAACCACGAAAGACACAACACCUUCAGCAGCAGCAAUGGAUGUAUGGAAGAAACAACAGUUAUCAUCAACAACCCGACUACAAUAAUAAUGACAGCAACAACAACAACAACACUGUACCUACAUCCGCAGAUGGACCGCAUGACUUUUACAAUUCACGCCAACAUUGGAUGCCAGAUCAGCUUUGCAAACACUGCUACCUGUGUGAUACGCCCUUUACGGUCUUUCGGAGGCGGCAUCACUGUCGACUCUGUGGACAAGUCUUUUGCUCCUCCUGUUCCUCCUUUUUUGUACCAUCCCAGAAAAAGGGAAAUGCCACUCUAAGAACCUGUCGAGUGUGCUAUGAACAGGUCGCCGAAAAGGGGGGAUUGCUCAUGGAUGGAACCAAUAAUAAGGACGGGACUGCCGGCAAUAGUACCAAUGACACUAGCAAUGCAUCCACUACGACUGCAACAUCGGACGCUACUGGUACCACUGGCAAUAGCAAUAAUGCCGGCAACAACAGCAAUGCCACAGCAGCAGAAGAUAAACGAGACGAGACGGGACGCCCCGUUGUGACGGAUCACAAGACGCUCACCAUUCCACAGACAUCUCCCAAACGACCGACCGCCAAAAAGGACCCGGAUGCCUCCAACAACGCUACUACUGCUGGUAACAAUGACGACAUGCUGGCCACCAAACCGGCUUGGAUGGUGGAAUCCAGAGAUCAAAACAACACCAGUUUGGAAUACCCCACGCAAGCGCACUGGCGAGCCGCCAUUCGGCAAGACCAGCACACACACAAUCAGAACAACAAUUGCGACAAUCACAACCACAGCAACAAUGCACAGGACAAUAAUAGUAGUAGUAGCGAGGCCAACCGUCAUUUGGGUUUGACAGCCGCCAAUCAUUUGGAGAAAAUGGGAGAGAGCCUGUUGAGAAAGGAUGCACCACUCUUGCGCCAAGAAAUUGAAGAGGAGAUUAAAAGUCAGAGGACAACAUCGUCUCACAUCAUGUCCGCUGAAAAAGUACAAAAGCAAUGGUUGCAAAAACUCAUGACCUUGGCAACACGGUGCUGUGCCACGGUGGAACCCAAUGUCAAAAAGGGAGACUUGUUGGAUAUUCGACCCUAUGUGAAAAUCAAAGUCAUUCCGGGUGGAUCGUUUCAGGAUUGUGCCUACUUGUCGGGAAUUGUGUUCCGCAAAACGGUCAGUCACAAGAGAAUGGCCAAGGAGAUUCAAAACCCCAAAAUCAUGCUCCUCAGUGGUGGUAUUGAAUUCACUCGCACCGAGAAUCGAUUCGCUUCUCUGCACACGUUGCUGGAACAGGAGAACAAGUACAUGGAAAUCCUUGUGGGAAGAAUUCUCAAACUCAAGCCGGAUGUACUCUGUGUGGGGCGGUCCGUGUCUCGUCGAGCGUUGGAAUUGUUCCUCAAAGCCAAUGUGGUCUUGAUUCAACACGUCAAGUCAACCCUGAUGAGCCGUAUCUCUCGACAGACUGGGGCAACCAUCAUCUCUUCCACGGAUCACAUUAUGAAUCAGUUUGGAGCCCAUGUUCUGGGAGAGUGCAGCCGCUUUCGAUUGGUCACCUUUCGAGACAGUGAAAUUUGGGUCGACCCAUUUGAUCAUGAUGAGGAUGUCUACAAUGCCACUUCGUCUGUCUCCAAUAGCCAACAACGAUCCAUUCGCAACCUACUUCGAAAGCAGGACCUGGCCAACCAUGAAAGACAGGCGGCACUAGCAGCCAACGUAUUGGGUGACAGUGUGGUGGAUGGAGCUGAAGCCAUCAAGGCUGGUUUGGCAAAGAGAGGAGUUGCGAAUACUUUUGUCAUGUUGGAAGGUUGUCCCAAACAUCUUGGAUGUUCAGUUGUGCUUCGAGGUGCAAGUCGUGCUGCGCUGAAGCAAGUCAAACGCGCCUUUCGCUUCUUGGUCAACGUCGCCUACUCGUUGCGAUUAGAGACGUCAUAUCUAAAAGAGAGAUGUGCAAGGAUCCGUCCCGACUUUCAAUUGCAGCCAAAGCACAUCUUCAGCUCUUCCCUCUGUGUUGACUACGGAAGCCCACAACCAGGACGCAAAAUGGUACGGCCGUGGAAUGGUGGCUCUAAUGAGGCGUCGCAAAGGUCCUUGUCAGGAGAGAUCACUGCCUUUGAUCACCAAUCCAUCCUCAUCACGUCGGUGUGGAUGACAGAAAAGACUCAGUGUUGCCCUGCAGAAGUGAAGGGCAUUUGCUACUAUUCGCUGCAAGACGUUUCUCUAGGACAGUUUCUGCGCGAUUCUUGUUUCAAUUUGUCACUCAAGUGCCAAAAUCCAGCUUGCAAAAAAUCAGUUGAUGACCAUUCUCUCUUGUUUGUUCAUAAGGAUGGAGUCAUCAAGAUCACGGUUGAACACAUGGACGGUCCUCUGCCACCCCCGACAACAGAUACCAAGCGGAAGGCCGAUGACAAUAGCAAGGACGAUAGCGACGGCAAGGAUGAAGUUGACAGUCCAAUCGCGACAUGGACCUAUUGCAAACACUGCGCCAAGGUCGUUACUCCUCUUGUAUACAUCAGUGAGAACACAUGGAAGUUAUCGUUUGGGAAGUUCUUGGAAAUCUUCUUCUACAACCGUGACGCCGUAAUGAAUUCUAGUGAAUACCAUUGUUCGUGCCCCAUGCAAACGGGGACGAUGCUUUACUUUGGAUGUGGAAAGCUUGCUGCUCGGUUCUCAUACGAACGCGUUAGGCCAUUGGGAGUCUACGUGAGGAAGAGCCUCCCGAUUGAUCUAUCUUACCACAAACGAGAGGCGCUCUUUGAGUUGGAGAGAAUUUCCAUGUCUUCGUCCAAGCUGUUUGUGAAAUUUGACAAGCACAUCGAUAGGGUCGCACGCGAGGCCCGAUCGCUGUUUGGCAGCGCAGCAAACAGGCCUGAACAUUUGCAAACGGUCCUCAGCGAGCUGAAUCGCAUAGGAUCCGAGGUCGAUCAUGCAGCGCUUACCUUGCAAGAGAAGAUCGCAUCAGUUUCCGACAAGUGCCGCCGAGAUGGCGAAGGAGUUGUCAACGAAGGAUUCUUGAGGUUUCCAUGGUUCAGCAGAAGGUACUUGUUCAUGCUGACCUCGGCGUGGAAUGAACGGCUCUCGGCAGCUGGGCAAGCGAUAGUGGCAAUGAAAAAGCUCGCUUCAUCGGCGUCUCAUCGAGGCGAUGGCGUUAUUGGGCCAAAUGCACCGUUGGCUGGUACUGAAGAACUCACCGAGGCAAUGAGGCGCUUACGCCAACUAAACGAAGUCUAUUCGCACUACAACGUCACAGAUAUCACCACUGUGCUCCCCACAAUCCCUGGGAAGCAAGAAGAGGAGGACUAUGACGACUUUGAAGACGUGGACGCCUCUGUUGACUUCGUUGCGGACGGAGUGGAUGCGGAUGUCCUGGCAUCGCGCAGGCGCCUGAACAAUUCGAAAUCAAUGGGAACUGGGGCAUACAGUCAUUUGGAAAGGGGACAAACCACCCGAGGGCAGCUCCACAAAACUCUCGGAACUCAACGUUCUUUCGACAGUUCCCUUGUUCAGAAUGAGUCUACUAAUGCACAACCGAGAGUUACACCAGGUGGUGCAGUUAAAUCCGCAAUUUCACGUUUCUUCAACCGUUCCGGGCGUGAGUCGGAUCCUUAUCAAGUCGACUUGGGCAUUUUCAAGGAAGGAAGACCCAGGCUAGAACCAGGGGUCAAUGGUCUUGUCGUCCCAGUUGUCGACGAUCAGCUCUGCACUGUGAUUGCCUACUCGCUGGCUUCAUCUGAAUAUGCCCGUCAGUUCAAGAGUUUUGCAAAAAUAAUGGAGAACUAUAGUGGUGAGCUUGAUGAGGCUGGUCAGCCCAUCGACCCUUUGCCAUCGCCGUCCGCAAGCGCCAGCAAGUCGGGAGGGUCCGUGGAUGAGAGAAAAACAAUCGAACAGCGCAUGUUGGUUCGGGCCAAGACACAUAUCAAACACACCUUCCGUGACUACGACGAGAAGGGUAUGGUGACGUGCAAGUUCGUGUGCACUACGUAUUGGGCAACCCAGUUUCACGCGGUGCGUCAAGUCUUCCUUUCACAAUCUUUCGGCCGAAAAGAAGGAUCCUCGGCAGGCAGCAGUGCGGAAUCGGACUUGAGCAUGGAUGUAGAGUCUGCAUACGUCCAGAGUCUAUCUUCAGCCUUUUCUUGGGCUGCGAGUGGAGGCAAGAGCGGCGCUAGCUUCGCGAGGACAUCCGACGAUAGGUUUGUUAUCAAAUGCAUCAGUAGGACUGAGCUACAAAUGUUCUUGGACUGCGCACCAGCGUACUUUGAGUACCUGAGCAAAGCGUUCUUUCACGGAUUACCAACCGUGCUCUGCAAGAUCGUUGGAGUGUAUCAAAUUGGGUAUCACAAUCGUGAAACAGGCAAAAGGAGUAUGGAGCAAGUUGCUGUCAUGCAGAACAUCUUUUAUGAUCGCAAGAUUAGCCGUGUGUUCGAUUUGAAGGGCUCUCUUCGUGGUCGCUUCGCAGCCCAAGUCCAAAGCUCAAAGGAAGAUGCAAGGUCUGAAACUCCGCCUCUCCCCUCGGACACAGCCGCGUCAGCUUCGGGUCAUCCGAACAGGCACGGGUCAGACGUCGACAGUGCCAGUCGUUCUGGGGAGAAAUCGACCGUUCCAGAACGGAGCGAGGCUGACGAUACCGGUACUACUCAGGCAAGCAACUCAAAGGGAUCAUCAAGCAAGACACAGUUAGAUGGCGACUUUCUCGAGUUUACACGAGGUCGACCCAUGCCACUGGCCGAUAGAGCAAAGAGUCUCUUUCACAUGAGCAUUCAAAAUGACACUUUGUUCCUCUCCAUCAUCAAUGUAUUGGACUACUCGAUUCUCGUUGGCAUUGAUGAGGAGAAGAUGGAGCUUGUCGUGGGAAUCAUCGACUUUAUGCGGCAGUACGACAUUUUGAAGCAGAUGGAGCGUGUGGGAAAGUCACUGCCCAUGGUGGUUGGUUCAGAGGCUCCUACAAUUAUUCAGCCGCCUUUGUACAAGGCUCGUUUCACCAACGCGAUGGAACGGUAUUUCAUGACAGUUCCCUGCAAAUGGACAACAAUCUAACUGGUUAAGAAUCUACUGGGGCUCUGAAAAUUCUAUCAGUAGUUAGACCAUUCGCUGGUGGGCGCGGAUGAUGGAUUUGUAUUCUACAAUCAAAUGCAGUUUGCUCAGCAGCGUGUUUUUUUAUGCUUGGCAUGCUUUUCAAAGUAGUUUGGGCAGAUUGGCAAUGACCUCUCGGGCCUCCUUGUCGACCUGCAUUAGGAUUUCGUAGGCAGCAUCAAUAGAUUCGAUCUCGCCAACUCCUUCCCCUGCCAGCACUUGCGCCUGCGAAUGAUCGCCCUUUUUCGAGGCUGCCUUGUACUCCUCCACCACCGUACUUCCCUCUCUGGACAGUUCUGCGGCUAGUUCACUGGGUUUUCCAUCCCAGGCUUCACUAAGCUCAUUUCGUAGUGCUCCACAAGAGUCAUAUGGUUCUGGCCAUGGAGGGUUCAAGUACACGUUUUGUAUCUGAUCGAAAACACGGGUACGAUGGACACCAUCACCGCUCUUUGUGACCACCAAUUGUUGCUUGAGCACAUCCUUGUUCAACGCUUCUUUGGAGGCCCAAAGCCUCGUGCCCAGCACGGCAGCAUCACAACCCAACGCCAGUGCCGCCGCAACGCCGCGGCCAUCUGCAAUCCCGCCGGCUGCCAAUACCAGCGGCUUAUGAGGCGCUGCAGCUGCAAGUUUCACCAUGCGGGCUGCCAAUGGCAGCGUCCCAUUUCCAACCUCUCGACGCAAGCCAUGUCCUCCUCCUUCACUCCCUUGGGCAAUGAUACCAUCAGCUCCGGCGGCAAUGGCUUCUUCGCCUUCCUUAACAUUUCCGACUUGCAAUAAGACCUUUGUGUUCCCAAUUUCCUUUGCAAUUUCCACGUUACUCUUCCCGGUGGUCGGAUGAUAACUGAUAGCCGGCGCAAAGAACUGAACCACAGCAGGCUUUUGCUGCUUCAAAAUGCGUUCAUAGAUGUCAAAGCCUUGCUCAGUGUGAAAGGACGAAAACCCAAUCCACCCAAUGCACAAGGGGGCUUCCUUGGUUGCCUUGGCACGAAAGAUGGCAAUUUCUGCCUCGAGCUCUUGAAGGCGACUAUCGGUUGUCAUGUGGCCAGCAGCAAUAAAGCCCAAGGCACCAGCACGGCAAGCCUCCGAGGCCAACUCGCCACCGGAUACACCCGCCAUUGGCGCUGCCAUCAAAGGGACCUUGGCUGGGAAUUGUGUGACGAAUCUUGUCUUCCAAGACAUGAUGGUUGUUGAUGUGAAGUGGUGGAAUCUUCAAUCAACUCAAUCCAGUUCUGAAGAGAACGAUCAAUGGAAUCUGAAAGGAGAAGCGAGGUCCUGUUCGACAACGAGGCCAAAGAGUGGCUAUGUUUGAUACUGGUGGGUGUUCCUCUUCGACAAACUGUGAGAUACAAAGAGAUAGACUAGCUAGAACAUGGCAACAAAGGCAAAAGCGUGUCCAAAGGUCACGGAAGCGAUGCACUUCCAAGAUGUUCAUCGUCGAGCGCAAGAUCCACGAAGAAGCCAGCAUGAGCCGUAUGCACACUUGGAGAUACGGUAUCGAUUUCAAGCUACAGGAAAAGAUCAAUAUAAUUGUUGUGCUAUGAAUGAAUAUGAGUAAUACUGCAUGGUUUAUUGCAGCAAGGAUGCCAAGCUCGUGGUCCCCUGCCCGUCACCUUCGACAAAAAAGGAACAAACACGCUCAAGUCACUACCAGACUUGCUGAGGAAUGGACAUGGCCAGAGCGAGCAGAAUCCAUCCCAAAGUGUACAAGAUUGGACCAAAAGAGUACACAAUAGGCGCUGGAUUUGGUUUUCCAGUAUCCAAAAAGAGCUUUCCUCUCUUUGGGUAUUGCAGAGAAACAGGUAUUGCAAGGGAAGAUGGAUGUCAGCACUAAAAACUCGUCAAUAUCAUGAAUUACGAAUGCGCUUUUGAUCUUACCUUUCUAUCAUCCAUGAUAUGUCUGGUUGGUAGGGAUUCGAUGCGGGGGGACCGGUAGAGGAGACAAGAAGUUAAUGAAAAAAAACGUAAUGUGCCUCAAUCUGACGGAACUGAAUUCGACAAGAUCUUACCUAUGGCCCAAGAGCACCAGCACGAUUCCCACCAUGGUGAUACCCAUAGAAGCCCACCUGGUGAAGAAUUGAAACAGCACCAAGAAGCCAAAUGCGCACAAGAUGAUCCGUCCAAGGCGUGACCACCGGUUGGCAUCGUGGUUAGGGAUAGCCUUUUGAUACAAAAGACCGUAGGCUCGCCCCUGCAUGAUCAGAACAACAGUCAACAUAGUAUUCCAAAUGAUUCUCAUGUUUGACUCUGACGGGAAGUAACUUGCGGCACCGUAGAGACCAAAACCAACCAUGAACCCAAUAGAAAGAAAGAGUUCCGUGAAACGACCACAAUGACGACCCACAGGGGCCUCGAGAACAUCAUCGUGUUCAUCUGUCAUGUGUUCCACCACAACCGUCAAUGCCACAAUGAUAAAGCAUCCCAAAGCAGCAAGGAUGGCCCGCACGUUCAUGUAGAGCGGUGUGUGAACAUGAAAGUACGUCCACUCAUCAUGGCCAUCGAUCCCAGAGAAACCCAACCAAAACAGGAACCAGCCCAACAUAAACAAGUUUCCUCCUCCGUUGCAGACAACAUGGCUCCAGUUGGGUCUGCCAUUUCGCAUCCAGGAUUCUCCCAUCUUUCGAUUCUUCCAGAAACGGUACAUGGCUGAGGCGAUGCACAGAGCUGAAAUGGAACGUUGGAAUUAAAUCAAAGGAUCAGCGGAAAAUGAAUUGGAACCAACAAGCGAACUCUCCUCCAUACUCACCUCCCAAAGGUGCCAUCCAAACAGGUCCUUGCAAAUUUGAGACAACGAUGGAACCUAGUAGAACUACCGCAAAGGCCGAGGCCAUUUGAUAGUUUUGCACCAUGAAUCUGAACUGACGCUCGUUGUAGGAUUCUCGGACAGGCCAGACCAGAAUGAACCCAAUGGUAAUGCAACAGACAAAUCCAGUAAGUCCUGGUACAGUCAUCUCAAAUUCUUGAAAAUUCAUCCCCAUUUGAUGAGGAAUGAGACUGGCCACGCCCAAUAGCGCCCAGCCCACAAAAACAGGCCAUGAAACGGGACAAGCAGCAUCGAGUUCCUCCUUGUUGAUGUCUGAAACAUCAUCGAAAUAGGCAACUGGUUCCAGACCAGCAGCAUUGGCAUUCUCGAAUGCUUUCACCCCAAGUUCAUCAAAGGUAUGUUCAGACUUGAACACCCCCUUUAUAAUCGUCGCAAUCCCAACGAAGCUUAGAAGGGCUCUUGGGCCGUACAGUAUCGCAUAUGCAGGAUAAUCCGCCAUUGCUGUCCUCUCACUUUUCCUGAUAGUUGCUGCCGCUUGGGUUUGUUGUUGGUGUCUUGAGUUUGUUUUCUUGUGUUUUCUUUGAGGAGGAUUGUCACGAUUUGUAAAUAGGGGAACCGAGACGUUGAAACUGUCUAAUUACUGUGCUUUUUUCUCUAAUUACCAAAUUGACUUA